CCCCGAAUUGCGGGCUGCAGUUGCACCCUUCUCGAGACACUGCUAUGCUCUAGGUGAGGAUGUUCAUGAUAAAAGUUGCAUGACGUCAAGGAUCAGUCAAGCAACUAAAACGCUCUGCACAUAUCGUUUCUUUCACCACGGGUUGCAGCCGCAAAGUGAUUUUUGCUAAUGUAAAUCUAAGAGCAAAUCUUUUUUCGCUCGCUCUUUUGUGGACUCAAAAAAUGGGAAGAUUAGACACUCUGAGAGAAUUUAAUUUAUUGUCAUGGAUGAGAGAGGAAAGACAAUCGAGGAAGUUGACCCUGGUCAUCGUUUUCAUCGCCUUGCUGCUGGAUAAUAUGCUUCUAACGGUGGUCGUCCCCAUCAUUCCCAGCUACCUAUACACAGUUGAUGAUGCAGCAGCCAACAUGGCCAAGAAUCACACCACGGCCUCCCCACACACCCCUUCUGGAACCUUCCAGACCAUCGUGUCCCUUUAUGACAACUCUGUCAGGGUAACCAGCGGGGGCCCAAUGGACUCCACACCCAUACCCUUGGAUCAGAUGCAGGCGGUCUCUCUUUCCACCUCGGCUCUCACACCCCACAACUCCACAGAGCCUGACUGCCCCAAAGCAGAUGACCAGCUUCUCAAUGAGAAUGUGAAAGUGGGACUACUUUUUGCCUCCAAGGCCACCGUACAGCUCAUCACCAACCCCUUUAUUGGGCCUCUCACCAACCGAAUAGGAUACCAGAUCCCCAUGUUUGCCGGGUUCUGUAUUAUGUUCCUGUCAACCAUUAUGUUCGCCUUCUCAUCGAGCUACACUCUGCUGUUUCUGGCCAGAUCCCUGCAGGGUGUGGGCUCCUCCUGCUCCUCCGUGGCUGGGAUGGGGAUGCUUGCCAGUGUGUACACAGAUGACGAGGAGAGGGGAAACGCCAUCGGGAUAGCCCUGGGUGGUCUGGCCAUGGGCGUGCUGGUGGGCCCACCAUUCGGCAGUGUCAUGUAUGAGUUUGUGGGGAAAACGGCACCUUUCCUCAUUCUGGCUGUUCUGGCUGUGCUGGAUGGAGCACUGCAACUGUUCAUUCUCCAGCCCUCAAAGGUGGAACCAGAGAGCCAGAAAGGGUCCUCACUUUGGAGCCUUAUUAAAGAUCCAUACAUACUCAUUGCUGCAGGAUCCAUUUGUUUUGCCAACAUGGCCAUCGCCAUGUUAGAGCCAGCGUUGCCUAUUUGGAUGAUGGAGACCAUGUGUCCAAGAAAAUGGCAGCUAGGCGUUGCCUUUGUGCCAGCCAGCAUCUCCUACCUUAUUGGAACUAACAUCUUUGGCGUCCUCGCGCACAAGAUGGGGAGAUGGCUGUGCUCUCUCAUCGGGAUGGUCCUCGUGGGGGUUAGCAUCCUCUGUGUCCCUUUCGCUAAGGACAUCUAUGGACUGAUUCUUCCGAAUUUUGGUGUUGGUUUUGCAAUUGGCAUGGUGGAUUCCUCUAUGAUGCCAAUCAUGGGAUAUUUGGUGGACCUGAGACAUGUGUCAGUCUAUGGCACUGUGUACGCCAUUGCUGAUGUGGCUUUCUGUAUGGGCUUUGCUUUAGGUCCGUCCGCUGGAGGCGCCAUAGCGAAGAGCAUUGGGUUCCCCUGGCUCAUGACCAUCAUCGGCGUCGUGGACAUCCUCUUCGCUCCCCUCUGCUACUUCCUCAGGAGUCCUCCUGGGAGGGAAGAGAAAAUGGCCAUCUUGAUGGACUCUAACUGCUCGAUGAAAACCCGAUCAUACUCAACACAGGGGAACACAGAGUACGAAGAGAUGGAGACAGAGUACGAUGAGUAUUAAUGGACACCAGACAUGUAUGUUACCUUCCAGAGGAUCUAUUUUGUUGUACAAAAACAGAGAUACAAUGAUUAUUAUUUUUUAACAGCGAGGCUGUUUCGUUGUGAAUGUCCGUCUUCACUGUUCUGUGUCAUUGUUAUUGUACGACUAGAGCAAACCAAAGUUGUUGUCAUUACCCUGUGUUUAUUUUGAGCCUUAUCCAAUGGAAGUGGGGCCGUGUCAAAACAGGGUUUUCAUGGGCCGUAAUAGCAGACUUCUGUGUGUCAUAUUUACUGAAUAGUUCAGGUGAGGGUGGUAUUAUACAGUCGUGGCCAAAAGUUUUGAGAAUGACACAAAUAUUAAUUUUCACAAAGUCUGCUGCCUCAGUUUGUAUGAUGGCAAUUUGCAUAUACUCCAGAAUGUUAUGAAGAGUGAUCAAAUUAAUUUAAAUUAAUUGCAAAGUCCCUCUUUGCCAUGGAAAUGAACUGAAUCCCAAAAAAACAUUUCCACUGCAUUUCAGCCCUGCCACAAAAGGACCAGCUGACACCAUGUCAGUGAUUCUUGGUGAAUGCACCAAUUUGUAAGUCGCUCUGGAUAAGAGCGUCUGCUAAAUGACUUAAAUGUAAAUGUAAAUGUAAUUCUCUCAUUAACACAGGUGUGAGUGUUGACGAAGACAAAGCUGGAGAUCACUCUGUCAUGCUGAUUGAGUUUGAAUAACAGACUGGAAGCUUCAAAAGGAGGGUGGUGCUUGGAAUCAUUGUUCUUUCUCUGUCAACCAUGGUUACCUGCAAGGAAACACGUGCCGUCAUCAUUGCUUUGCACAAAAAGGGCUUAACAGGCAAGGAUAUUGCUGCCAGUAAGAUUGUACCUAAAUCCACCAUUUAUCGGAUCAUCAAGAACUUCAAGUAGAGUGGUGCAAUUGUUGUGAAGAAGGCUUCAGGGCGCCCAAGAAAGUCCAGCAAGCGCCAGGAUCGUCUCCUAAAGUUGAUUUAGCUGCGGGAUCGGGGCACCACCUGUACAGAGGUUGCCCAGGAUAUUCUGCAAAAGGUACAGGGAUUGGACUGCUGAGGACUGGGGUAAAGUCAUUUUCUCUGAUGAAUCCCCUUUACGAUUGUUUGAGGCAUCCGGAAAAAGGCUUGUCCGGAGAAGACAAGGUGAGCGCUACCAUCAGUCCUGUGUCAUGACAACAGUAAAGCAUCCUGAGACCAUCCAUGUGUGCGGUUGCUUCUCAGCCAAGGGAGUGGGCUCACUCACAAUUUUGCCUUGCAUGAAUAAAGAAUGGUACCAACACAUCCUCCGAGAGCAACUUCUCCAAACCAUCCAGGAACAGUUUAGUGACGAACAAUGCCUUUUCCAGCAUGAUGGAGCACCUUGCCAUAAGGCAAAAGUGAUAACUAAGUGGCUCAGGGAACAAAACAUCGAUAUUUUGGGUCCAUGGCCAGGGAACUCCCCAGACCUUAAUCCCAUUGAGAACUUGUGGUCAAUCCUCAAGAGGCGGGUGGACAAACAAAAAACCCACAAAUUCUGACAAACUCAGAGCAUUGAUUAUGCAAGAAUGGGCUGUCAUCAGUCAGGAUGUGGCCCAGAAGUAAAUUGACAGCAUGCCAGGGCGGAUUGCAGAGGUCUUGAAAAAGAAGGGUCAACACUGAAAAUAUUGGCUCUUUGCAUCAACUUCAUGCAAUUGUCAAUAAAAGCCUUUGACACUUAUGAAAUGCUUGUAAUUAUACGUCAGUAGUCCAUAGUAACAUCUGACAAAAAUAUCUAAAGACACUGAAGCAGCAAACUUUGUAGAAAUUAAUAUUUGUGUCAUUCUCAAAACUUUUGGCCACGACUGUAGAUCACCAAAUUCUGUGCUGUAGGUCGGCAAGGAGUACAAACCUGUCCUAAUAAUUCACCUAUUGGCCAUUAACAGUACGAACAAAACAAAUGUUCCUUCUAUCUGUGUAGAAACUGACCUAGGGUCAGAGUCAACAUCUCGAACAAGGCACUAUGAGAACACUGCUUAGUGUUGGUCAUUCUAUUGGUUGAGUAUAAUUGGUAAAUUAUUUAGAUAUAUAGUAUAACAUAGUCUAUUACAGAGAUACAAGUUACUCAAUACAUUUGGAAUGAGUGUUCUUACUGCUUUAACAAGGCAAACCACAUUUUACCUUGAAAUGGGCCUUUUUCAUUGAUUCCACAAACAUUUUUUUUUUAUACAUUGAGAUUGAUUUUUAAAUUGAGGAAAUACCUGAACUGAAAGGACAAUACCCCAGAAGCUGUUAUAGCCAAUGCUGUCCUGGGUUGACUGCUUAUGACUGUGCUUGUGACUAUUUGCAUGGUAUACCACAUAAAAAAAACACCAUCACUCCAAUGCCGUCGUCAGUUUCACUGUCCACAUCAAAACAAAAAACAAGUUAAUAAAGCAAAUGACUGUCACUGUAUAUGAUACCACAGCUCAUAGGAAACAUGUUUAGCUGUGUUUUAAGUGUAUAUACCUUUUGGUAAGCCAUUUUGAAUGUGUGGAAAACGCAGACUCAUAUCUGAAGACUCAAUGUUUAGGUAGAAGAUAAUUAACUUUCCCUAUUGACAUUACAAGCCAUACAAAUAUAUAUUGUGUUGAAAAGUAAACGUAUGGAUACAGGUUUACUUUGACGUCUCUGAAUUAACAGCACCUUAAGGAGAUGGUAAAGCACUUUAUCAGAGUCUAGUUACUCACACCAUUUAACUCCAAGGACAGUUCUAGUAUGUUGAUGUUGGUUUAGCAGAGAGAGAAUUGAGGUGAUGAGCUUGAUAUGUUUUGUAAUUUUGUCUAAUGUUAGCAACAAAACACUCAAAGUUUUAUCAAAGAUGAAUUCACUUAUUAUUGUGGUUGCAGUGCACUGAACAUCCCAGUAGUGUUAAUCCCUAACACUACUCCCGAGUGGCGCAGCAGUUUAAGGCACUGCAUCUCAGUGUUAGAGGUUACAGACACCCUGGUUCAAAUCCAGGCUGUAUCACAACCGACUGUGAUUGGGAGUCCCAUAGAGCGGCGCACAAUUGGCCCAGGUUUGGCCGGUGGAGGCCGUCAUUGUAAAUAAGAGUUUGUUCUUAACUGACUUGCUUAGUUAAAUAAAUAAAAUAGAACCGCAAUGUAUUUUCAAACACCGAGGUUGAAUUUUGGGUCUCAAUCUUGACCAGUCUGAAUCUUAAACUAACCUGUGAAGAGCAUUAACAUUAUUUGUGAACACUUCCAGUAGGUCAUCAAAAAGUAUACACACAAUACAUACAGAUCAAUAUGCAUUGUUUCCAAGAUCCAAGAUUAUAUUGACCAGCAGCAAUGUGCAUGCACAUACAUACAGUAGCAACUUCAGUCUGAGGAUUUGAUUGGCUGACUGGGCCCUGGCCUGCACAUGUCAUUAGAGACUUUUGUGUGCAGUCAGUCACCAGUAUUAAUCCACAACACAGAGCCAUGAAGUGUCCCUCCCGUUCCCCCACCCCCUCUCCUAUUUGUCCUGAAGCGGAAAAUGAAAAUAUUGACUCAUCCACUGCUCUUUGUCAAGACCACUGUGAUCUAACAGAAACAGCCAGGUAUACAAAGCACUGCUAAUAACUGUCAAAUAUCUCUGUGCUGUUUGGCAAAGUGCAUUUAUUACAAACCAUUCUUUGGUUGUUCGAGCAAACCUGACAUCUGGAAAUCUGUGAAAAUACUUUUAUGCCCUUGCCACGGAAAAACACAAUGGCACAUGUUAAAAAUGUCAAAUAAGACUGCAUUUUUAGGUAUAUGAAGUGUUAUUUGCAAAACUCUGGGUUUGCUGGGUUUGGUUGAAUGGACACCCCAAUGGGUUUCAUUGUAAAUAAAUGAUGCAAGCAAAAUAGCCUGUGAUGGACUUGACAGAGAUCGUUUCCUGAUACCUUCACUAUUAGUUUCAUUAUUUGCUCUUAAAUGUAUAUUAACAUUUUAAAUUGAAAUACUAAUGUCAAGAUGGCUACCAUUCUGAGAGAUUUUUGUUAUUUUGCAAUAAAUUGUUGGGUCAUGUAGGUUUCAUAAUGGAUUAUACAGUGCCCUCCUGAAUUAUUGGCACCCCAGGUGAACAAAAAAGGCUGUGAAAAAAUGUUAUUGUUGUUUAUCAACUUGCUCUUACACUCCAAAUAUCAUAUGAACGUAACCUUUAAUUGAGUUAAAAUUGUAACAAAAAUUAUAAUUACAAAUCAAGAAAUUGUUUUUUUAUUCUAAAACAUGCAUGUCAGAAUUAUUGCCACCCCUAAAAAUUCUUACGAACAAAAUCAAAUGUAUGUAUAUUCUGAUCGGAGUGUUUGGGAACUCUUAACAGGUUAUCCAUGACAGGGGUAUAAAUAUGAGGUGACACGCAGGCUAAAAUCCCUUAGUCAUCCAUCAACAUGGACAAAAGGUUGUUGACCUUCACAAAUCAGCCAAUGGCUAUAAAAAGAUAGCCUGAAAACACCAAUCUCCACUAUUAGGGCAAUAAUUAAUACAUUUUAAACAACUGGUGCGGUUAUGAACCUGCCUCGAAGAGGAUGCAAGUGUAUAAAGAAGGAUGGUUCAAGUGGAGAAAAAAAAAAAAUCUCCAAGGAUAACAGUUGGGGGAGAAUUGCAGAGGGGUAACAUUUUGGAGUCACCAAGUCUCCAAAACUACAAUUCGACGCCACCAAUGCCAACAAGUUAUUUGAAAGGGUUGCUAGAACAAAGUCUCUGCUGUCACCAAACCACAAACGUAAGCAGCUGGAGUUUGCUAAAUGUCAUUGGAGCUUUGAUUGGAACCACGUUCUAUGGUCUGAUUAGACUACAAUACAGAUUUUUGGCAACAAGGGUUUGGUGUAAAAAGAGAGCCAUGGUCAUGCAGAAAAUAAGUAUGGUGGUGGAUCUGUGAUGUUGUGGGGCUGUUUACUUCCAAAAACCCUGGGAACCUUGUAAGGAUCAGUGGUGGAAAUAUUACCCAAUUUUCAUACUUGAGUAAAAGUAUAGAUGACUUAUUAAUAGAAAGUUACUCAAGUAAAAGUGAACGUCAGCCAGUAAAAUACUACUAAAAGUCUAAAAGUAUUUGGUUUUAAAUAUACUUAAGGAUCAAAAUUAGGGCCUCCCGAGUGGCGCAGUGGUCUAAGGCACUGCAUCGCUGUGCCACGAGAGAUUCUGGGUUCGAGUCCAGGCUCUGUUACAGCCGGCUGUGACCGGGAGACCCAUGGGGCGGCGCACAAUUGGCUCAGCAUCAUCCGGGUUAGGGGAGGGUUUGCCCGGCAGGGAUGUCCUUGUCCCAUCGCACACUAGCAACUCCUGUGGCUGGCUGGGCACAGUGUAUGCUGACACGGUUGCCAGGUGUUUGGUGUUUCCUCCGACACAUUGGUGCGGCUGGCUUCUGGGUUAUUAAGUGGGCAUUGUGUCAAGAAGCAGUGCGGCUUGGUUGGGUUGUGUUUCGGAGGAUGCACGGCUCUCGACCUACACCUCUCCCGAGUCCGUACAGGAGAUGCAGCGAUGAGACAAGACUGUAACUACCAAUUGGAUAACGAGAAAAUGGGGUAAAAAAAAUAUUUUAAAAAUAAUACAUUCUUUAGGAUUGUGUAAAAGUUGUCAAAAACAUAAAUAGUAAAGUACAGAUACCCCAAAAAUGAAUUAAGUACUUUUUACCACUGGUUAGGAUACAUGGCAUCAUUUUUUAAAUUUAACCUUUAUUUAACUAGGCAAGUCAGUUAAGAACAAAUUCUUAUUGUCAAUGACGGCCUAGUGGCGAACAGUGAGUUAGGGCCCCUCGUUCAGGGGCAUAACGACAGAUUUGUACCUUGUCAACUCAGGGAUUUGAACUUGCAACCUUUAGGCCACUAGGCUACCCUGCCGCCCCAUCAUUGGCUCACUCCAUCAAGUAUCAGGAGAUUUUAGGCAAAAACCUGUCUGCCUCUGCCAGGAGGCUAAAACUGGGUCGUCGUUGGAUCUUCCAGCAGGACAACAAUCCAAAGCAUACCUUGAAAUCGACAAGAAAUUGGUUCACUGACCAUAGAAUCAAGCUUUUGCAAUGGCCAUCCCAGUCCCCCGACCUAAACCCCAUUGAAAACCUGUGGGGUGAGCUGAAGAGGGGAGUCCACAAGCGAGGACCAAGGAUCUGGAGGAAUGGUCUCAAAUCACUUCCUGUGUUCUCCCACCCCAUCAACCAUUGAGACAACUCAGAGCUGUUAUCUUGGCAAAGGGAGGGUGCUCAAAGAACUAAAUGCAGGGGUGCCAAUAACAUGAUAUGCAUGUUUUAUAUAUUUUUUAAAAUAAUUUUAACUUAAAAGGUUAGAUUCAUAUGAUAUUUUGAGCGUAAGAUUAAGCUGAUAACUUUUUUCCCCAGCCUUUUUUGUUCAUAUUUACCUAGGGUGUAGAGAUUAGUAUAUUUGUCAUUUGUUUAUAUUAGAAAUCUAUUGCACACAUGCUCAAACAUAUGUGAGUGUGUGCCCAUGUUGGUGUGUGUGCCUUCUGACAUGUAUGUAAUUGGUUUGUGUGUAUAUCAACUACUUACUAACUGGUACACAAAAAAAAUGUUGACCUUUUAUAUUCUGGACUGGUUGUUUACCUGUAAAGUGUGCUGAUUGUAUAAUAUAUGUUGAUACUCAGUGGGGAUGGAAAACCCCUAAAUAAAUGUUGCUCUGAAAAAGUG